AUGUUCAAUGUUUCACGAAGGGAAUACGAAGAUGGAAUCUGCUUGAUUGCUGCCUUGGCAAAAGUAUCAUAUGGAUUCACUCCACCAGCGGGCCUCCCCAAUGGUGUUUAUGUCUACGACCCAGCCGAUGGAACUCACACAUCAAUCGACGGAACGCUGGUCAGCCGAGAUCUCGACUAUCUAUCCACUGGGACCUCUUUCACUCCACGCGCACUAAACAGUGCAAAGUUCAGCCCAAGAUGGACCGGUAUAACCUGUGGCGAUACUGUUCUCGCAUCUCUCGACUACGCCUCAGCACUCGUUCAGUUGGAAGGUCAGUGCGAUGGGGUGACGAAACUUCCCAAGAAAAACUACUACUCGGUCUAUGGAGAUGCUAUGGCUUUUAUUUGUGUUUACAAGAAAAAUACUAUCUGCAAUGUCGGAACAGCUACAAGUGGUGGGACUGAUAUGUUGUUUGCGUUGGCUCAGUUGGACAACAAGUGCAGUGCCACUUUACAAUCUGAGAAGAGUCCGAAUCAUGUGGAUGGGUAUAACAGGGUUAGCAACUCGAUAGUAUUCGGGUUUACCACUUCCACUAGUUCGGCUUGUUAG